AUGUAGCCCUACAUAGAAAGCGCUUUCAUGUAGCACUGCCUUACGAGGAGCGCUUUGUCUCCCAGCAAACCGUAACCACCAACACGGGUGUAGCCGCUACAACAACAACAAGCAACACAGGUCAACAAUUUACCUUGUCUCACCUGCUGGAGAGGCAAAAAGAAAUGUUUGAUGGCGUCAUGGCCGCCAUUGGAAGAGUUGAGUCAAAGGUGGACGGAAUAGUAAAUGCUCUUGCCGAAAAGAUGCCCGAACGCGCGGAAGUUCGAGCUCAAGGGCAGCUACUGCGAGAGUGCAAAGUGGUGACCUCGAAAGUUCACCAAAGUAUUUCCCGAAUCACUGGAGAUGCUAUUAGUAAAGAGCAUACUUUGCUUAAAAGUAUGCUUCCACUAUCAUCCCAGGAAAAGUUAAAUACUUUGGAGAAUCUUUUGGGAAACAAACCACACUCCGAUGCGAUGCUGAACAUAAUUUUAAAAUUGAAGGGUGCUAAGGGUUGUGUGAAACACGUGUUGAGAAGCAUUUUUGCCGACACUCUACUCAUUUCAUACAAUUAUGAGGGCAAAGCCAACAAAGCUCCACUUCUGGGGCUAAAAACAAUAGAAUUAGUUUUCGGUAAAUAUGUUUUAAUUGUUUAUUUGACUUAUUUCAGGAAGUAA